UGCACCUUAACUCUUGUACAGGGUGGUAUUCCUAGCUUUUAGCUUAGCCUCUCCUGAAUUCGGAUUCUAGGAAGCCACUUGACACAAUUCUUUGUAAUAUUUUUGGCUACACAACUUUAUAUAAUCGUUUGUAGUUAGUUUAGUUCAAUGAAUGUGUGAGUCGAACUGUUUGCAUUAAUAACAAGCCGUAAUGGAUGCCGUGAACGCGUUCAACACGGAGUUGUUCGCUAUGAUCGAGAUGAAGCCUCCAAUAUCCCGGGCUAAAAUGAUGUCCGUUACCAAAUCAGCUAUUAAAGCCAUUAAGUUGUACAAACAUGUUGUCCAGAUUGUUGAAAAGUUCAUCAAAAAGUGCAAGCCAGAAUUGAAGGUUCCUGGUCUAUAUGUGGUUGAUUCCAUUGUCCGGCAGUCACGCCAUCAGUUUGGUGUUGAAAAGGAUGUUUUUGGACCCCGGUUUUUAAAGAACUUCACAGAUACUUUCCGAAACCUUUACUGCUGUCCAGAGGAUGACAAGAAUAAAAUUAUCCGAGUUCUAAAUCUCUGGCAGAAGAAUGGUGUGUUUGAUAUGGAGAUCCUUCAGCCUCUAAUGGAAAUGGCCAAUGGCACUGUUGUGCCACAUUCUGCUGCAGAAGUUCCUGUUGACCUCCAACCAGAGACUCUGACCGGUAAUGCUUCUGUUCUACCCACUCCAGAAGCUUUAGCUGCUGUGGCACAACUCUUCCAGUCCUCUCACGCUCAGGAGCUGCAGAGGAUGCUCCAGAACUUUCAGCAGGCUGAAAGGACAGUCGGAACAUCUACAAUUACAAAUAACAUAACAAACCAACAUCAAAUGCCAGUAACCCAACCCUACCCAAGGACUGAUACUGUGAAGAAAGGUUCUUUAGCUGAGAAACUACUUGACCGAUUUGACUAUGAUGAUGAACCUGAGGAUAUGGCAGUGUCAGAAGGCAACAUUCAGACACAAGGUAUACCUGAAAACAUGUCAAACCAGUUCCCCGUUCAGAUGCUAAACACAGAUGCUCACCCUGAUAUGUUGGGUCGGACUAGAGACACAAAGCAUAGUGGAGGAAUGAGUCAUGUUGAACAAAAUUUGACUCCCGAUGGAUUUAAUUCUGUGAAAGAGUCUGAAUCAUGGGAAAACUCAAGAGAAAAUUCUUCCAUGAGGCAGGAGGGGAGAGACAGAGACUAUGGUGCGAGGUCCAGAUCUUCUUCUAGGUCGCCAAGGAGAAGAAGAUCGAGGUCUUCAUCUCGCUCAAGGUGGUCAAGGCACAGACGCUCUCGCUCCAGAGAACACCGCUGGAGAUCUCGUACGAGUUCAGAGGACCAGAGUGACAGAGAGAAGGACAGAGAACGCAGACAGAAAGGUCUUCCCAGCUUAAAGGGCCAAACUCUCAGCGUUUGCAGUACCACACUUUGGGUUGGGCAGCUGGACAAGAAAACCCAGCGAUCUGACGUAAUGUCCCUUUUAGAAGAAUUUGGUCAGAUUGAGUCCAUCAAUAUGAUUCCUCCGAGAGGUUGUGCCUAUAUUGUUAUGGUUCACAGACAAGACGCUUAUAUGGCCUUAAAAAAACUCAGUAAAGGGUCGUACAAAGCCAACCAGAAACCUACUAAGAUUGCUUGGGCUUUAAACAAAGGUAUAAAAUUGGCACACAAAAAGUUCUGGGAUGUGGAGCAAGGGGUUACUUACAUUCCUUGGAGCAAAGUCAAAGUUGAAGAGUUGGAGAGCUAUCAGGAGGGCGGCAUGCUGGACCCAGAGACCCUAAAUCCAGAGUGGAAUAAUGCCAAAGAGAUUAAGGGCCAGGCAGCUGUAAAUGGAGCAAUGGAUAUAGUACCAGAUGUGGCUGUCAGUGCUCAUGUUCAGAUGCCAACAGUUCCGCAGUGUGAACCGAUUGGAAGUCCGCCUGCUUUUCCGGGCCCCAUCAUGCUUUCUCCAGCGUCGUUGCCUCCUAGUGGAGCUCCUUUCUUACAUGCAGAGUUUGACGCUGCACAUCAAGUAGGAGGAAAUUUCGAAGCUCCAGUGGAGUCCACUGAAGGUCCUACUGGAGGUAAAGAUCCCUCCUCAGCUGACAACCAGCUGGGAUCUCCAGCAGGACAGGUUAUGAUGCUGCCAAACCCUGCGGCCAUGCAUGGUCCCCCCAGACCAGGAAUGCAUGGUCCCCCCAUACCAGGAAUGCAUGGUCCCCCCACACCGGGAAUGCAGGGUCCUCCCAGAAUGGGAAUGCAGGGUCCCCCCAGACCGGGAAUGCCACCUCUGCAGCCUCCCCUUGGCAUGCCAAACCCUCAUAUGCCUCCGUUUCCUGGUCCACCAAACAUGCACCGCAUGCCCACGCAAAUGAUGCCAGGAGGGCCGAUGUUUCCGCCAGAUAGAUUCAGAAUGCCCAUGCCCUUCCCUCCUCGGGGCCCUCCUUUCCAACGACAUCCAUCAAUGGGACCAGGCAUUAGACCAGGAUUUGGACGCCCACCAUUUCAAAGAGGGAGGUGGUAGAGAAUAGUUUAAUGAUUAAACUAAAGCAGAGCCUGUAAAACAACUCUUGAGCACCAGGUGGCGCUGUAUCCUCUGUUCAGACUUGCCCCCUCUCUCUGUUUCCAGCACUAACAAUAAAACACCGCGUCCCUAAGCUGCUCCUGUAAGUUUUAUCAGAGAUGUUUCUUGUUUGGUUGGUUUUAGCUUUUUGCUGUAUAUACUGAACAUGUGUGUAUAUAUUCAUUUUUUUGUAUAUUUCAGUUUGUAUAUGCUCAGCUCUGUUGACAGGACUUAGACAUACAUGUUUUGAACAGUCAGUUUUUCUCUUCUGAAGAGAAAAUGUCCUAUCCGUUUUUUUUGUUUUGUUUUUUUUUUAUUUUAGAAACUGAUAUAUUUCAUUGUAAAAUAAUAAUUUAAAAAAAACAUGUUUUUUGAAGCUUUCAUUUUCCAGCCAGUAGAGGAUGGAAUAAACUCAAAUACUUUUUGAAACCUCUAUGAUGCACUGAGGUCACAACUUGUAAAAAUAUGGACUAUGAAUAAAAAAUAUCCACCAUUU